AGCUAAAGUGUUAAUGAGGGCUGGCAGCAGUGAAGAAGAUCUAGACGACAUUAUUGAUGAAAUCUGUAAUGACAGCAGCUUUACCAAGACACCUCCGAAAUUGAAGUCUAAUUCUGCAAGUCUCACACCUGAAAGAAAUGGUGUUGUUGUACAGGCACAUGGGAAAAGGUGCUGUCCAGUGUACCUGGGUGGAAGCCUUUCACCAUCUGGGAUAGGAACAAAUAUUUCAAAAAGAACGUGUGAUCAGCUACGUUGUACUGCUUGUGACUUCCGUGUGUCACUUUUCAAUGACUACGUCUGGGAUCAGUCCUGUGAUUAUCUUUUUUUCAGGAAUAACAUGCCUGAGCUCAGUAAACUAAGAGCAAAGAUGAUCAAGAAGAAAGGAGCACGUGCAUAUGCUUGUCAGUGCAGCUGGAGAUCCAUUGAAGAAUUAACUGACCUCCAAACGCAGCCACGGCUUCGCUGUCUUGCAAGCAGUGUGGGGAGUUGAAUUAUUAGGAGAAAUAACCAACUUGGAGGCUUUCUGGAAGCUAAAUGAGGUUAAAUUCAUACUCAGUAGUGUUAAAGAAAAGAAGAGGACAUAACACACUUUGGGCAUGGGCAAAGCUCCUUGAGACUGUUCCUCGCAUCUAGCAGAGAGCCUUAUUUCCCAUGUCUGCAGAAUCCUGGACUCAAAAUGGUGGUUUUCAUCACAAGCAUAUGAAUUUCUGCACAGACAUGAAUCCUGCUCUUCUGUUUUGCUCAUAGUUGCUAAUGAACAAGUGGUUGUUUAUCUCCUAAAAAAUUACUGUGAAAUCAGCUUUCAUCUUAAAGGUUUCAGCACACCCCAAAGCUUUACUUCCUUUUACCCACCGGUAGUCAAAACUGCAGGUGCUGAAAAUUUUCUUCCAGUUCCUACUGCUUUCUUCAGAGCACUUUCUGCUGACUAAGGACUUCUACUACAAUUAAUUUCUUCAACUUCUCUUCUUCCUCACUGCACAAGAGAUGAACAAGUUAUUGUGCAAUUAUUAAAUAGACAAUUUUAAAGAGAUUCUGAAGGGUAUGUUACUCUUUUAUCAGUAUUUUCAAAGGAGAAAGGCUCAGGCUUUUAAGAGUGAGAAAAUGUAUAUCCCCACUGAUGUUCAAAUUCAGAUUCUUUUUUUCAGUUUCACUUAGCUUUCACUUCAGCUUUUCUUUAAGAAAAAUUGUAUUCAGAAAGUGUAACUGUCCUGUUUCAACACACUCCUUUCCCUCAGUAACAUUGCUAGUUGGUGAAUUGUCUUGCUUAACCCACUAUAGUUUUAUGGGAAGUCUGUCAGUAGUUUUGCUGUGCAGUAUGUGUAGCUGUACAAUAAAUUCAGAAUUACUUUGGGCAAUUCUAGAUAUACAGAGCCAUUUCCCUUUCUCUGAAGUUUUGCUUGUACUUCCAGUCUGUACAUUUGUUCUGUUUCUGAGCUUUUCCAAGACAAUUGCAUGGUCUUAUAGAGGUGAUUCUUGUGUCUGUCGCCCUCUGAAAGAGCAGAUCUCAGCAGUGAUCAGAGGCAUCAUGCGCUCUGCACCCUGCCUACCUUGUCCUUCCAUGAGUGCUUGUUUUGGAACCUGCAGUGUGCCUGGGAAGUCUGGCAGUGCUUCUUCAGUGCUCCAGACUGCACCUUCCAGUGCCCAUGCAGCCUUGCUGUAGAGUCAGAGGUGAGUUGGCUUUGGGAGAGGUACUACUUGGCAUUAUGGUAUAGACAUAUUUAGGGUCAUGUAUCAUUUUCAGAGAAUUUAGUAUUUCAGGCUGAAGUUUCAACUGCUAGAGUCCAAAACUGCAGGUUCAGGACCAGAGACCAGUUGACUAAUGCUCAGUCAGCUCCUAGAAGAGCUCUGCUUGCCCUUCUGUCCUUUGUGGUCUGGGCUGUACACAGUGAGUGUUCCUGGGUGUUCUUCAGGUGGGCCCAAGCAACUUUCAUGCCUAGAGAGCAUCAGUGCUAAGAAUAAGAGAAGAAUCCAGCAGUAGGCAACAAGGUCUGGGGAAGAAACCUGCUUUCCAUUCUUCUUGAAGAAUGGAUUUUAAAAAGUGCUGAGUUGCCUUGGCUUUUCUAUUCCAAGACUAUUUGGAACUCAUGACCAAGUAGUUCCACAGGGUGUCUUUUGGCUAGAAUUGUUCUGAAACUCGUGCCACAGUGUAGAAACAAGCUGGGCUUGCAUGCAACCUGUAAGCCGGAAAUGGGGAAAAUCCUAAUUCCCAUCUCAAUUCAUGAGACCAAGUCUUAUGUGACUUGGAAAGGGAGCAUGUCUCCUGCACCCUGAACAUUCCCCUGAAAUAAUCAGGCUUAUUCAGGUGUAGUUAACUUGUUUCUGGCCCUGGGCAGAGUGGUGGGAUAUGACAGCUUUUUGUCCAAGGGAAGUUAUAAACAAGUACAGAAAUAGUGCUUCUUUUACAGUUUUCAGAAUUUAUCAUAUUUCUAGAUUAGAGAAUAAUUGCUACGUCAUUAGGUACAAUUACUCUGUUGGAAGGAGGAGCAGUAUUAAGAUUUGAUUUCCUUUCCUUUGCUUUCUUCAGUUACAUGUUACAAACCACUCCAAAGUCCUUGGAUGAAAAGAAUGUAAAGAAAGGUAAAAUAGAGCGUGAAUGUUCAUUUGAUGAAGGUAUUGUCAGAUUGUACAAGGUUUUCCAGAUGUAGCCCAGACCCUAAGUGAUAUUUCUGUGUUGGUUAUCUGAGAUAGCAGGGAUUAUGUAGAGAGUUCUAUUUAAGAAUAUGUAAAGAAUUCUGUUUAAGAAUGCAAUUCAGCUGUUGUCCAAUGGAGUACUGGAGAACAGUGUUGCUAAAUAUAAAUGUGACCAUUGUUUCCCUCCAAUUUUUUUGCCUUGGAAUAAAAAUACUAUUUCCAUUUGUGAAAUGGGCAAGGUGAAAAUUCAAGACUUUUGUUUUGCCUACUGAUAUGCUUGGAAAUUUUCUAGCCUGUCCCAUUAGUCUGCAGCAGAUCCCUCAAAAAAACAGAAGCAAUGAAGGAUGACAGAAUGAGAUUCCAUCAAAUUUUAAUAUGCUGCUCUGACUUACCUUUCACUUGUUUUACCUGCAAACUAUGGAGGCUGAAUAUAGUUCAGAAGAGUCAUUAUUAAGAAUCGAUCUGCCAUUAAAGUUAACUUACAGAAGCAUAAUAACAUUACAUGUAGCAAGCUCUGCACUGUAUUAUCUCAAAUAAAGAUUUUUUUUUCCAAACACCUAUUUUAGUUUUGUGCUGAAGAUAUUCUGCAAAUGCUGCCACUUGCUGAAAGACUGCCACUUCUCUUGUUUCCUGGCAUGUGAGUCUUUGGGUCAUGUAACCAGCACGUGGUAAUCACACAAUACAAGAAGUGCUAUGUUGGGAGCUGCAUACGCGAAUUUUUCUUCCUGCCAGGCUCCUUUUUCAGACGAUCUGAUGUUCUGUCUGUGGUGUGACACCUGAUAACUGCAGGCAGGUGGAGUGAAGGAGCAUCAGGAGCUGCUCGUUGUUAGGGCCAUAUCUGAUGCCUGGGGUUUGGCACGUGUGCUUUGAGAAAAUUUUUCAAAUUUUUCACUUAAUAAAAUGAA